AUGAGAGAAAUUUUACCAAUUUCAAAUAAAAUUGAAGUUUUGAAAAUUACUGGUGGCUCUUUGUCUCAAUUAAGAAGAUUAGAUUUAUCUAAAAACUUAUUAAUUUCUCUUCAAAUUAAAAGAGAUACUCUAAUACAUUUAAGAAUAUUGACAUUAAAUUCCAACAAACUUGAAAAGAUUGAUUUUGUUAAUCCUGAAUCCAAUGAAAUCUAUGUCUUCCCACGACUUAAAAUUCUUAAUUUCGAUGGAAAUAAAUUAAAGGAUGCAAAAUGGUUAAGGUAUUUAUCGCCAGCUAUUGAGGAGCUUAUAAUAAGUCAUUUUGAAACAGAACAAGAGAGCGAUUUAUCAUCUCAAAAAAUUGACGACAAUUGA